GGUGAACGCAAAGCUCCCGGCCGGCUACUAAAGUGUCAGGCACUGAAUCGGGGAGCCCGGUUUUUGUGCGCUCGCGGUGGUUCACCCGCCGUUUCUUUGGCUCUCGUUCGUCUAGUCUUGUGUCUCUUUCAGGCCCGUCGUACCAGUUGUCUAGUUUUAUCUUCCUCGCCUUCUUUCUCUUUCCCUCCCGCGCAGCUCAGGAUGCAGGAAAAAGACGCCUCCCCGUACGGUUUCCAGCCUCGCUUCCAACAUUUCGCCACGCAGGCCAUCCAUGUGGGCCAGGAACCCGAGCAAUGGACCUCCCAUGCUGUGGUGCCCCCCAUUUCACUGUCCACCACGUUCAAGCAAGAGGCUCCCGGCCAUCACUCGGGUUUUGAAUAUAGUCGUUCUGGAAACCCCACCAGGAAUUGCUUGGAAAAAGCAGUGGCAGCACUAGAUGGGGCCAAGUACAGUUUGGCCUUUGCUUCAGGUUUAGCAGCCACUGUGACUAUUACCCAUCUCUUAAAAGCAGGAGACCAAAUUAUUUGUAUGGAUGAUGUAUAUGGAGGUACAAACAGGUACUUCAGGCAGGUGGCAGCUGAAUUUGGAUUAAAGAUUUCUUUUGUUGAUUGUUCCAAAACCAAGUUGCUAGAGGCAGCCAUUACACCCGAAACCAAGCUUGUUUGGAUUGAAACCCCCACAAACCCUAACUUGAAGAUGAUUGACAUUGAAGCCUGUGCACAUACCGUCCAUAAACACGGCGACAUAAUUUUGGUUGUGGAUAACACUUUCAUGUCGGCAUAUUUCCAGCGGCCUUUGGCUCUGGGAGCUGAUAUUUGUAUGUAUUCAGCAACAAAAUACAUGAAUGGCCACAGUGAUGUUGUAAUGGGCUUAGUGUCUCUUAAUUCUGAGAGCCUCCAUGAUAGGCUCCGCUUCUUACAAAAUUCUCUUGGAGCAGUUCCAUCUCCUGUUGACUGUUACCUCUGCAAUCGAGGUCUGAAGACUCUACAGGUCCGAAUGGAGAAGCAUUUCGAAAAUGGGAUGGCAGUUGCUCGGUUUCUGGAAUCUAAUCCUAGGGUAGAAAAGGUUAUUUAUCCUGGACUGCCCUCUCAUCCCCAGCAUGAGCUGGCAAAGCGUCAGUGCACAGGCUGUCCAGGGAUGAUCACCUUUUAUAUUAAGGGCACUCUUCAACAUGCUGAGACUUUUCUCAAGAACCUAAAGUUAUUUACUCUGGCUGAGAGCUUGGGAGGAUACGAAAGUCUUGCUGAGCUUCCGGCAAUCAUGACCCAUGCAUCAGUGCCUAAGAGCGAUAGAGAUGCCCUUGGAAUUAGUGACACACUGAUUCGCCUCUCUGUGGGCUUAGAGGAUAAAAAAGACAUACUUGAAGAUCUAGAUCAAGCUUUGAAGGCAGCACACCCUCCAAACGCAGGUCAUAACUAGCAUUCCAGGACUGCUAGUAGAAGUUGCUUCCUGAGAAGGUCAACUCUGCGUAAUCAGAUGGACAAUUAAAGAGCCUUUGCAGGAUUUUCAAGUGAAAAUUUUAAGGCACCUCAUUACCUUUCACAGCUGUAACCUUACAGGGAUCAUCCUUGUUAAAAAGUUUCCUCUUUCUCUUGUUGUAAUUGACAGGUCAAUUCUGUUAUUCUCUUUUUGAUAAUUUUGGUAUGCAUUUCCCUCUGAAGGAGGUGAGAUUUGUGCUGCUUUUUGGGAUUGUGAUCUUUUUUUCAUAGCUUAAGGUUUAUAUUGAUCAUGUUUACAAUAUAGUGAUAAUUCAUUUUUGAGGUUUUUCUGAAGAAUUUAAAUUAUUAAAUGAAUGUUCUUAAAUCAAGUGUGAUUUUUGCAUAUUGUUGAAAACAGCACUUAAAGCAAUGGUUUACACUUAAUUACCAUAAGCCAAAAAUCAAAUACUUGAGAAGCCUACUGUGAAAUUCUGCUGAUUUAACGUUGUACUUACUAUUUAAAAAAAUAAAUAAAUCUAAUUAUCAAAUGCA